CGUCACCACAGUCCUGGGACCACAAGGCGACGAUGUCCCAGACCAUUUCUCCCGUUCUCUCUGUUGUCCCCACUCGGGCUCUGGUUGAUGAGACGUUCAAGAUGGUGGUGGAGAAUCUGCCCCCAGCAUCUCCAGUCACACUUCACGCCCUCCUCUACUCGGAGGACAAGGACUACUGGGAGGCUUAUGGACACUACGUCAGUGAUCACAGAGGAACAGUGUCCGUUGCAGAGGAUAUGAGUCUUGGGGGCACCUACACGGGAAAAGAAGCCAUGGGUUUGUUGUGGAGCAUGCGGCCUGAGCCCGGCAGCCGCACGGGUCUCAGGUUGAGAAAGAGGGAAGUCACCAGCCCCAUGCUGGUCCACAUCUCCGUCUACAGUGGACACAUAACCGAGGGCUUCAGGAAGCAGUCUCCUCUGGCCUCCGUGCCCACAGAGAGAUGGUACAUGGCUCCUGGAGUCCAGAGGAUUGAAAUCAAAGAAAAAGGAGUGCGAGGGACUUUCUUCAUACCUCCAGGUCCUGGACCCUUCCCCGGGCUUUUGGAUAUGUGGGGAGGUGGAGGAGGGCUGUUGGAGUAUCGUUCGGCCUUGCUGGCGUCUCAUGGUUAUGCUUCUUUGGCGCUGCAGUACUUCUCCCCCGGUGAGCUGCAGUCAUCAGAUCUAAAGAUACAAUAUUUUGAGACAGCAUUUAAUAUCAUCAAGGACCAUCCUCAAGUGAUCCCGGACAGCAUUGGAAUUUUUGGUCUUUCCCUUGGGACAGUUGUGGCCAUAUACUUGGCGGCUGUAAGCACAAAAAUCACGCCUCGCUGUUGUGUUUGUAUUAGCGGUCACCACUUGUAUCCACUUGGAACGGCUCUAAAUUUCAACCCCAAACUAGAAAAAAAAAGGCUAGUGACGGAGCGUUACGAUGAGAACAACUACCAGAUAUUGCGAGAUGUGCGUUUACCAAUUCCCACUGACCUCUCAGAGAAAGUUGAUGUACGGAAGAUAAAAUGCCACAUGCUGCUGGUCAACGGUGAUGAUGAUCAGAACGUUCCCGCUGUGGAGGCUGCUGAGGAUAUCGCCCAAAUGGUGCGCUCUGGAGGGAACCUUCACCUGCUGACUACGCUGACAUACCCCAACACUGGACAUCUGAUUGAGCCGCCCUACUCACCUCACUUCAGAGCUACUAACUUUAUAGUUCCCACCACAAAAGAGAAAGUGAUAAGUCUGUGGGGAGGACAACCUAAACCUCAUUCAGACGCUCAGGAGGACUCCUGGAGGAAGAUCUUAGCUUACCUACAUCAUCAUCUCUACUCCAGCACUACUCCCAAAGCCAAGAUAUAAAGAUUGCAGAACCAGGAAUACACAGCAAAGUGUGUUGAUAGCAUGUUAAACCAAGUUGCAUUUUGUAUGAAAUAUGAAACAACACUUGUUAGUUUUUUGAAUGAUAAGGUUUUUUACGUUAGUCAAAUUGUGCCUCUAGUUUCAUCAUAAAGUUGUCAUUCCAGUUGUCCAUGAAUGUCACUCCAAUCAAGUGUCUUGAUGACUGUAUAAUUAAACUCAUUCAUAAUGAUUGGAUUUCUGCCAAUAUGUUUUUUUUCUGUCUGUGUUAAAAUGUUGUAAUCAUUUUUAAAAUAAAUGUUGUGUUCAUGUAA